AUGGCAAAAAUAAUUAAACCACCAACACAAGAAGAAAUGAGAGAUUUAACAUCAUUAUUAUCAUCAGGUGAACCAUAUGAAAUAUUAGGAUGUGAUCCUGAUUCAACACAAAAAGAAAUAACAAAAAGAUAUAGAGAUUUAGCAAGAAAACAUCACCCAGAUAAACAACAGCAUAAUGGUAAUAAUAAAAACGAUGGUGGUGAUAUGAUGACAAAGAUUAACAAUGCAUACAAGUUACUCUCAAAUGAAAGAUUUAAAGAAGUCUAUGACGUCUAUCUAUUACAAGAGAUGAUGAUGGAUGGUGAUGGUAGUGGUAGUGGUGGUGUUGAUUUUGAUACAGAUAGAAUAUAUCGUGAAGCUAGAUUCAAAAACAUCUUAUUAACCUCACUUGGACUCUUAUUCAACACUUUCUCAAUCCCAUUCAGAACUAUAGCUGUUGUAAUUCAAUCAAAUCCAACCAUAAUCAAACCAAUGACUGUACUAAAAUCAAUGACCAAAGGACACGGUUUCUUCAAAGGUCUAUUCAGGGGCACCGCCUUCCUCCUCUCUUCAUCAGUAUUAGAAUUAAUUCGUGAGAAAUCAAUUGAAACUUCAUUUAAAUAUAUUGACAAUUUAAUAAUACCAUCAUCAUCAUCAUCUGACAGUGGUAGUGGUAGUGGUGGUAGUAAAAAAUUACAAAUUUUAAAAUCAUUUAUAAAUAUAUUCACUAAAGCAAUAUUAAAUUUCCCAAUUCGUAUGAUUGGUAAUAUUUUAAUAUUGUCACCACCUGGGUAUGGUGUAUUUAGAGUUAUUAAGGAUGUAAUAUUACGUUAUGAUCAAGCCACCACUGGUAAUAUCAUUAUGAGCGUUAGCAAUGGUAGAGCCCCGCCAAUUCAGUGGAAGAAUUUAUUCUACUCGUUGGGUUAUUCAUUGGCAAUUGUUUAUAGUAAAAAGUUGAUUAUAAAAGGUUUGAAGGUUAUUGAUAUUCAUGUUUACGAAGGUAGUAUCAAAGAUCCAAAUAGUAAACUCUAUCGUUACUCAAACUAUCUCCUUAGUAAAACUUUAUUCCGUGUCGCUUUGCAAACCAUCCUCGUUAAUCCAUUCGAUGUUUUGCAUUCUCAAUAUCCACGUAUCCUUUUAGAUAGUUGGUUAAAUGGUUCCAUACCUGUACCUGUUGCUCAGAAUCCAAUCUCAUUGGCAAUCGAUAUCUAUCGCUCAAAUAAUAAUAGUAUAACUAAAUUCUUUAAUGGUGUAAUUCCAUUAUUCUUUUGUAAGAUUUUCGAAGAUUUUUGUGAGCAAUGUGAUGUUAGUGAUAUUGAUGAUUAUGAAGAUGACGAUAUUUAUGCUUAA